CCAUCUCACAAGCCAAGAUGUCUUCCAACAAGUGCACCCUCGUGGCCGUCCUCGCCUGCUGUCUCCUGGCUCUGGUGUCUGCCUUUCCCCAGCCGGAUCCGGAGGAUUACUACGGAGGAGAUCUGUCCCUGGUUCGCCACGUACGCUCUCCCGAAGGCGGUUCUGUGGUUGUGGAGGCCAGCAAGGAUCCGCAGAGAGGCCGCGAGGCCAGCGUGCAGUACAACCAAAAUCUGUAUUCCAGCCGCGAUGGGCGUGGCACUGUCGAUGCCUAUGCCCAGGCAAGCCGCAAUUUCGAUUACAAUCGCAACGACUACGGCGGCGGCAUUCAGGCCUCCUGGAAAUUCUAAGGAGUAACGGAGAUAUAGUACUGGAUGGAAUGAUCUAAAUGAAUAAAGACAAAAUAUAAUUACAUUAAAGAACACUUAUAACAACA